UUACUUAUUAUUAUAUCUUUAAUCAUGAAUGUUUGUUGUUGUUAUAACUGAUAUUUUAUAGCGAACUAUCGAAGGAGAAAGAUCGUGAAUCUAAGAAUACAAAUCAGUGAUUUAUAACGAUGAAUGAUAUGGGAUUAAUAAAAUUAUUAUUAUAUGGAAGUCUGAUACUUAACUAUGUCAGGGCCAUUGUUGAUUCAAAAGGAACUGAAUCUACAUCAAUAAAUCCAAUGGAUACAAAUGACACAAUAAAUACUGAAACUGCAGUUAAUUUUCGUUUGCCUCAUUAUAUAGUACCAAAACAGUAUGAUGUUGAAUUAGCAUUAGACACAGAAAAAGAUAUUAUUUAUGGAAUAUGUAAUAUCAGUAUUGCUAUUUAUAAGGUCACAUCAAACAUAAGUUUUCACUCAAUGAAUUUGAAUAUAAUUGAAUGUACGUUGUCUCAACGUGAUAAUAUAAAUAAAAAAACCUAUAGAUCGCAUCAUAUUUCGCAUAUUCAUGACCUGCAAAUUAUCAUCUUGAAUUUUCCUUAUUUGAUAUUUCCUGGUAAUUAUAUUUUAAACAUAACGUUUACGAGUGUUAUCUCUAAUGAUGUCGGAGGUUUCGUUAAAAUCCCAUACAUAAAUACGAAUAAAAAUAAAAAAUGGCUUAUAGCAACAGACAACUCGGCGACAGGAAUGCGACAUCUAUUUCCAUGUUGGGAUGAGCCAAGGAUAAAAGCUAAAUUUAACAUUUCUAUAAAACAUUUUAAACAUUAUGAAGCUUUUUCAAAUACGGCUCCUAUAUAUAAGUCACAUAAAAAUUUAAAAUAUAAAUAUAACGAUUUCUUCCAAAAAAAUCGCAAAUAAGAAACUUUGGGGCAGAAAACUGUUAAAAAAAUAUCAUAUGUUUGCAUUUAAAUUAAUUAAUAAUGUCACACAUAUCGUUAAGCAACAAUGGCAAUUACAAAAAGAAUCUUU